CGGCAGCAGAUGGCGCUGUGGAGUAGCAGUCAUGCUCCCGGAAGUGUUUCCCUUCACGCUGAUGAUGCACGUGUGUCUAUCAGUAUGGACUUCGCAGAUAUGGAUUCAGCUGUCAGGGACGGUCUCAGGGAAGAGAUCCGGCGUAAAGAUGCCGAGAUACAGAUGCUAAAAGAACAGCUCGCUGCAUCACACCAGCGCAAUAAGCAAGAAUCAACCGUGCAGGGAAAAGGCUGCUCUUCACUGGUUAAGUUGCACACUGCAGAUGACAAACUGGAUGAACUUACCAAAGCCUCUCUCUCAAAUCCAGACAUUCUUAGAUACAGUAGGCAGCUUGUUUUACCAGAGUUUGGUGUUAAAGGCCAGCUAAACCUAUCAAAAGCAUCUGUCUUAGUUAUAGGAUGCGGAGGCUUAGGAUGUCCAUUAGCACAAUAUUUGGCUGCAGCUGGAAUAGGACGUUUGGGCCUGCUGGAUUAUGAUGUGGUGGAAAUGAGCAAUCUUCAUAGACAGGUUUUGCAUGGUGUAAAAAGACAAGGCAUAUCAAAAGCGGUAUCGGUAGUGAAAACACUAAGAAAGUUGAAUCCAUCAGUUGACUAUGUUCCAUAUCAGAUGAUGCUAAACCCUGGGAAUGCUCUGCAACUUAUUCAGCAAUAUAAUGUAAUAGCAGAUUGCUCUGAUAAUGUCCCUACUAGAUAUUUGGUGAAUGAUGCUUGUGUGACAGCUCGGAAACCACUGGUAUCUGCCAGUGCACUUAGAUGGGAAGGCCAGUUAACAGUGUAUAAUUAUCAAAAUGGGCCAUGUUACCGGUGCUUAUUCCCUGUCCCACCACCCUCUGAAACAGUCACAAACUGUGCAGAUGGAGGAGUUCUAGGAAUUGUGCCUGGAAUAAUGGGUUGCAUCCAAGCUUUAGAAGUUCUCAAAAUAGCAUCUGGAAUGUCCUCGUCAUAUAGUGGUAUUAUGCUGAUGUAUGAUGCACUAGAUGGACGUUUCCGCAACAUAAAGAUUCGAGGCAAAAAACCUGAUUGUGCAGUCUGUAGUUGUAAUUCAAAAUGUCAAAUCCUGGAGAAUUAUGAGGAAUUCUGCGGCUCUCCUGCUUCAGACAAGUGUAGAACAUUAAACUUGCUAUCCAGUGAUGAAAGACUCACUGUUCAGGAUUAUAAACAGAUUCUGGAUAAGCGAUUUCCUCACCUACUCAUUGAUGUGCGACCACAGCCUGAAGUAGAGAUAUGUCGCCUGGGGCAUUCUGUUCAUAUACCUUUAAGUCAAAUGGAGGACAAGAAUAUCACUUGGAUAGAUUUUCUAAAUAAAAGUCUUGCUGAAAUAAACAGUGGCUGCAAUGAAUUAGAAAAAAGAGUGAUUGUGAUCUGCAAACUUGGAAAUGAUUCACAAAAAGCUGUGAAGAUACUACAGAGAGUAUCUGGCAAAGAAACAGAAAUGUUCACAGCAAAAGAUAUUAAAGGUGGCUUGAUGGCUUGGUCUGAGAAGAUUGAUCUUACAUUUCCUCAAUAUUAACAUUUCAAUACCUUUUAGAAAUGUGUACAUUAACUCUUUGUGCACUUGUAAAUAAAGCAUCUUCACAUUUUA